AUGAGCUUGCCCGGCAACCAGCCGCAGCAUUUCGCCAGUCCGCAGUCGCAUUCGGCCUCAUCUGGCGCCCACCAGUCCCCUGACGAAGUAAACAACCUGAGACACGCGAAUGGUCAGUGGGACGGCAACGAGAGCAAUGGGGAGGACGAGCAGGAUGGCUCCAGGAAGCGGAAGAGAUCGAAUGGACCGGUGUUGGAGGGACCAACGCCGGUCUCAUGCGAAAUGUGCAAGCAGCGCAAAGUAAGAUGCGAUCGUGGACAGCCAGAUUGCGGCUGGUGUGUGAGGAACGGUCACGUAUGCGAAUACAAGCCCCGCAAAAAGCCUGGACUAAGAGCGGGUUAUGGGCGGGAAUUAGAAUCAAGACUUGAUCGACUUGAGGAAUUGGUCCGUAUUCAGCAAACCACCAUCACGCAGCUUGCAUCGGCGCAAGGGACGGUUAUCGAGACAUCAACUGCUCCUCCUACAACCUCAGACGUACAAACUGUCUUUAGAACUCCUGCGCCGUUACAAAAACCUCACAUCCCUGGCCCGGAGACAGCACUGUUUUUGCAAAAACCAUCCUCUUUCAACGCGGCCCCUACAAUAGCUCACGACUAUCGCACCAACCUCAAUGGUGGACAGACAUCGUUACACAGCGGAUCAAGGACCAAUAGUCUUCAGCAGAAUAUAUCCGGGGAACCUCUCCAUCCACAAGGUGCUCGAAAUCACCCACGCUCCUCAAGAGACUCAUAUGGACAAGUUCCUGACCCGAUUUUGGAGUCUUCAUCUCUCAAUAUCCGUAACAGCCCGCCUGCGUCGGACUCCAUGGAGGGUGAUCUACCGCCUCAGGAUCUGGUAUGGGCACUAACGACCCUUUUCUUCCACCAUGUAAAUACAUGGUGUCCAAUCUUUGUACGGCGUCAGUUGAGCGAUUCCCUAUUCGGCUCCAAACCCUUGAAUGACGAUGAUCGUAUUAUGCUUCAUGCUAUUGUAGCCACCAGCCUAAGAUUCUCGACGGACCCACGGCUCACACCUGAGAGACGGACGAGGUAUCAUUCGAUCUCGAAAGAGAAGGUGCUCCUCUACGGCCUUGAAAAUAGCUCGGUGAGAUCACUUCAAGCCCUGGUAAUCCUCGCCCUGGAUGUCGUUGGAUCUUCCAAUGGACCACCAGGCUGGAACCUCCUCGCUCUUAUCACGCGCUCAGUCGUCCAACUUGGACUUGCUGUGGAACCGAAUUCUUCUACCGUGGUCCCCGCUUACCCCUCGAUCUACACGCUUCGGGCCAUGGUAUUGCCGGGACCGAUUGACUUUCAUGAAGAAGAAUGCAGGAGGCGGCUCUUCUGGAUGAUUUAUCUGCUUGAUAGAUACGCCACGAUCGCCACGGCGUUUGAGUUCGCGUUGGACGAAAAAGAAAUUGACCGGAAACUGCCAUGCCAUGAACAAUUCUUCGAGAACAAUCAGCGUGUGGAGACUCGAUGGUUCCGGUCCAAAGCAGACCCAGCAGAAGUUUCGGAGGACAGGCCAGACAACCUAGGAGUGUUUUCUUAUUACGUUGAACUCAUCGGGAUCCUUUCACAGAUUCAUCAGUUCCUCAAGAAACCAGUUGACAUCGGUGCGCAACCUGAUGUCGAUGCGUGGAGGAAGGAAUACAAACAGCUGGACAGUGCCAUCCAGCAAUGGUAUUAUAGAGUUCCGGCCGAGAUUCGCAAUAUUUCUUGUCUCUACCGUUCCGAUCGCAACCCGCGGAAUGCUCAGACCUGUCCAUGGGUUAUGCUGCAUGCCGCUCACCAAACCACCAUCAUCCGGCUUCAUUCUUCAGCGGCAUACCCGACAACCCGUUCUCCGAAAUUCCAGCCUUCACGGUCUGCAGCGGACAAUUGUGUCACUGCCGCCCAGCGGAUCGUCGACCUGUGUACAUAUGUGCGGGACCACCAGCUUCUGGACAAGCUGGGUCCGCCCUUCGUAUUCUCGGUCUGGGUCGCCGCUCGCCUCAUCCUCGUAGACUGCACCACGCGCAAGCAGGGCAUAUCCACCGGAAUCUGGACGCUGGUCGAAACCCUUCGAACCAUGGGCAAGUACUGGCAAGUCGCCGAGCGAUAUGCCGACCUGCUCCAACGCGUCCUGGACGAGUAUCAAGAUUCUCUCCACGCACCGCCUGGCCCAGAUGGCGAGCGGACGACGCCGUCGGCCGUAAAGAUUCUCGCCGACAUGAGGAGGACGGCCUUCGAUUCGGACUUCUUGAUUUCUCGACAGCCUCGUGAACCAACUAGAAAUGGUUCCAUGGCUGGCGCCGGGACGUACAAUGUGAGUGGGGGGGCACAGAUGAGGGCCCUGGCGCCGAAUGAGCUGGAUUAUCUGGAGAUUUAUGAUUUCAAUUGGCCACCGUUUCCCCCUCAUGUGGAUAUGGGUCAAAACGAGUUCAAUUCCGAUCCCUUUCCGUUUCCGAAUGAAGAUUGGAUCUUCAACGCUCCAUCAUAG